CUUGUCUUUUGCAGAGAGGGGAAGGAGGGAGGAUCCGGGACGGCUGCCAGCUGCUGACAACAACGCAGAUCCACACACACACACACACACAGUGACACACGCUGACACACACAGUCAGAGGAGUGGAUAGACACGCAGGACCAGAAAAAGUUGCAACAUUCGAACCAACAGUCGACAUGCCUCAGUACUCGGACUUGGAGGGCGCCAUCAACACGCUGGUCACCCAGUUCCACUCGGCCUCGGCCGACAACGGCCCCACGCUAAAAAUGGACGAAUUCAAGGGGCUUUUAUCCUCUCAGCUGCCCACCAUGGGCAAGGCCUUUAUGUCAGAACAGGGCCUGGGUGAGGUCAUGCGGAAGAUGGGCGUGGGUGACGGUGAGGGCAUCUCCUUCUCCCAUUUCUGGAAUUUAAUCCAGAAUCUAGCCACCUCACAGCUUGGCGCCCUCGGCGGCAACAAGGGCACCUCGUGCAGCUGCGCCCUCCUGUGAAGACCCUCAACAAAUCAGCACCAAAAACAGCAACCAGGUUCCACCCUCUAAUGCCCCCUGAAAUGUAGAACGCACAACCACCAUCAUCAGGUUCGGGGCAAAAUAUAAGAAGAUGGCCCAUGUGCAAGGCAUUCCAUUUUUAUACGCGAUCAUCUCUAUAUGACAGGUUUUAACAUUUCCAUCAUAUGUUGUGUAAUAAAAUCGAGAAUCAAAGCAG